UUCACUCCAGGCUCUCGCGGGGCUGCUGUGCGAAGAUGGCGGCCGAGCUGGUAGAAGCGAUGAACAUGGUGAAAAGUUUCCGGGUGUCUGACCUGCAGACACUGCUGGCCUCCAUGGGCCGCAGUAAAAGCGGGUUGAAGCAAGAUUUAGUAUCAAGAGCUCUCCGGCUUGUGCAAACGGAGUACAGUCCAGAGCUACUAAAAAACGUCCGGCAGCUCUACGAGACGCGCUACCCUAAAGCGUCAGCCUGGCUGGCUGCCCGACGCCCAGACACUGUACCCGUAACCUACCCUGGCCUCAACUCCUCGCCAAGAAGCACAGCCCAGGGCGCAGACUACCUCAACGGGAUCCCUAAACCGGCACCACCUCCCGCAGCCGAAGUCAAACUGGUGCCCUUACCGUUCUACCACAACUUAGAAACGCUGCUGCCACCCACAGAACUUAUCGCUCAGAACAGUGAAAAGCUGCAAGAGAGUCAGCGUGUUUUCGAUUUAACACCAAGCCAGGUGGAACAGAUCCGUAAUUCCAGUGAACUUCGCCCAGGGAUGAAAUCAGUUCAGGUGGUUCUCAGAAUCUGUUACACAGACUCUAUUGGUGUCCAGGAGGACCAGUAUCCUCCCAAUAUUGCUGUGAAAGUGAAUCAAUCCUACUGUCACGUACCGGGUUAUUACCCCUCCAACAAACCUGGUGUUGAGCCUCGCCGACCCUGUAGACCUGUCAACAUAACGCCCUGGUUACAUCUUUCCUCAGCCACUAACAGAGUCACCAUCACAUGGGGCAACUUCGGAAAGCGGUAUUCUGUGGCAGUGUACCUGGUGAGGGUUUUCACAUCUGGGGAGCUCUUCAAUCAGUUGAAGCAUUGCUCAGUUGAGAGUGCAGAGCGUUGUCGUGAACGCAUUCAGGACAAGCUGCGUUUUGAUCCCGAAAGCGAGAUAGCCACUACAGGACUGCGAGUGUCUCUCAUCUGCCCUUUGGUGAAGAUGAGGCUGGGAGUGCCAUGCCGCGUGCUGACCUGUGCCCACCUGCAGUGUUUCGAUGCUGUUUUCUUCUUGCAAAUGAAUGAAAAGAAACCCACAUGGACCUGCCCUGUAUGUGACAAACCUGCUCCGUUUGAACUUCUUACUAUUGAUGGGUUGCUGUCUGAGAUCCUUAAGGAGACACACGAAGAUAUUGAGGAGAUUGAGUAUUUGACUGAUGGCUCGUGGCGGCCAAUCAGUGAUGACAAAGAAAAAGAGAGAGAGCGAGAAAACAGCUGCACACCUGACUAUCCAGUGGUGGAUAUAUGUGUUCCUGAGACAAAUGGUCACUCCCCAGCACAUAGUGGCAUUAACCAGACCGGGAAGUCUGGAUCAAAUGGCUCGUCGGCAGGAACCGGCGGGACCAGCGGUGGGUCGGGAGGAGGAGCGGUGGUGGACCUGACUUUGGACGACUCAUCGGAAGAGGAAGGAGGGGCCGAGGACAGCGAGGACACUGACGAUAGCCAGGACAGCCCCGCCCCUAAAAGGGGCAGAUAUGAUUAUGACAAAGACCUGGUUACUGCAUACUGAGACUAAUGGGACAUGUAGACUUAUUGGGGGUGUAGAUGGGAUCUGAGCCUUGGAAUUUUCAAGAAAUGUGUCCCCAUGUCCUUUCUGAAAGCAGACACACUCAUGCACGCACACAUAUGCACUGCUGACCUCCGGAGCAGACGGGCAUCGUCUUGACAUCCAUGGAAUAUCCAUAGAUGCCCCGUAAAGCCAUUCCCUGUCGUUCACUGCAUCUUAAUAUACUGUAUUCUCCCUUUAAAGACCAUGGAAGAAUAAGACCACCUUCAAUUCUCUCUCAAAUACGGUUUCCUCUCCACUUUUGUGUUUUGACGGGAAUCACUUCAACAAUCUUAAGCAUUUAAGCUCUUAUCUGUUUUAUUUUUAUAUGGAGCUGUGUGAUACUCCUAUUAAACCUUCACAAUACUUCAGAGUGACGUGAGACAAGCCACAAUAUCUAUAAAAAGUUAAUUCCUUUCGUAGAGAAGAUACAACCACUCAUAAUUCAUUGAGUCAUUUUCUGUUAGCUCCCAGAUCUCAAGAUGUUUAUAAAUAGCUGUUCAGUUUGUAACUAAGAGACAUUCUGAAAAACUUCCAUCAUCUCUGUCCCUUUUUUGUUUUGAUUUGUCCAUAGAAGAUGACAACCUACCUCAGUCUAAAAGCAGACUUAACCAGAGGGUUAUUUAAUAGCUGAAAAAACAACAUGAUUUUGGUUUUCGAUUCCUUUAGUUUUUUUUCGUAAUUUCAACAACACCGGAGAGGAACAAACAUUAAUUCGUUGUUGCCCCUUUAGGCGUAUUAAAAAUGGUUCUCACUCAAAAAAUUUGCUUUUGUCCGUCUCGAUCGACAGUGUCACCUAUCGAGCGCUAUGCAUUAUAGUUCGAGCAUGACCUUUUAGAGCCUGACUAAAUGCGCCUGUCACAAAUCAGCACUCAGAACUGUGAGGACUUCAGAAGAACAGUGACAUGUUUCAUCAAUGGUCCUUAUAGCAAGUAAAUAUUGUACGAUAAAUAAUGUAAUGUAUUAUUUCUGAUCAUUUAAAAGAAUGUUGCAGGUCUCGCAUCCGUUCAUUUUAUUCUUUUUCUUUUUUAUUCUUUCUUUUUUUGAGCAGGAAGUCACAUGAGAAAUCUAGAAACAUCCUAAGUGUUUUGUCCUCUUCUAGACAUGACUAGUAAAUAGGUUUAAUGUAUUUUCCUGAACACAAAUGAAAUUAUUUUCAGUUUUCUUGGCUUUGCAGUUUGACUUUGAUUUCUCUUUUAUUGGCUGGGUUGUAUGCAGAUGGAGGUUGUUUGUGUUUAUUUGUCGCGUGAAUAACAGGCUGUGGAGGUGUUGACGCUUGUCUUAAGUGUGCCAGACCAGCUUAUUUCAUUCAUUUGUUGUUGGAAAUAGUAUUUAUUGAUUUAACAGUUUUGCAUUUGUUUUUAUUUGAAUAGUGUUUGCUCUUUAAAGGUUUCUUUCCAGUUGCAGAAGUUGUUUCUGUAAGUUCUCUACAUGUUGGUUUGUGAUGGUAGAUACGCUGUUUCCUCUUACAGCCUGCUGUUGUCAACGCACAUUCAAUCUGAAUGCAAAGUGCGUAGGCAGGACUAUGCAGACUUGACCUAAACAACGAACGAACAUGGCGCUAAAUGACCAAACGUAAAUGGCUCAGUCAGUCAGUUGAUCUGUUGAGGACUCAGGGAUGGCUUCUUGACUCUACUUGUCUGCUUUUUUUGUUGAAUGACCCUCUAACAUGGAUCUAGCAUUGCAUACAAUAUUACCUUGAGUAUCCGGUCACAGAUAAAGUAGUUUUGACUGCUCUGAUCUGGAAAUUGGCUGCAUACGAAAGUCAUGUGUAUUGUCAAAGGAUUCUCCCCAAGGUUUCAGGAAAAAACCCACUGCACUAAGAUCACAUCUUCCCAUUGCAAUUUUGCUUUCUUGCAAAUGUUUAUUUAAACUAAUCCUGAAUUCUGACUUGAAUACACAGUACUGUAACCUAUCUGUGCUUGGGAAUGUCUCAACAGAAAUGUUGCCAUGAAGGUGGUUAAAUUUUGCUCGGAGUUUGGGUUGGCGUGGUCUUCCAUUUUUUUUUUUUUUUUCGUAAUACCCCCAACUUUUACUUUUGAUAGUAAUCAGUUUCGCAGUUGACACUUUCAUAUAAUACGCCCCUGAUGUAAUAUGUUCCCACUGAAUUUGUGAUUAUCCCAUUUAAGGUAAGCCUUUUAAAUAGACUUCCAUCUUUAGAAACAUAGGUGAAUCUAUAAGAAAAAUGUGGAUAAAAUGUAAAUUUGCUUAUUAUUAAAGAUAAAUGGAUGGUGAUUGAUAAUUAAAUAUAUUUCCAGCUCAGAGGUAACACGUACUGCCUCUAUGUAGUCAGGUGAAAUUGAAAUGUGAGGGUUUAUUUGACUUAAAGGGGAGGCAUACCCUCUAGUUACAGUGCUUAAGACAGCAUGGACAGUGGCUUGCGGUUCUUGUAAAUGAUUUGUUUGUGUCUUUUUAUAUGUUCAUAUUAAAAGCCAAUAAAAUGAAUAAUAUUUUA